AUGAUACCUGACCCUCCUUUACUCAUCCUAUUUCAAGAGUUGCCAGGUCGAACAGAUUUUAUUCGGAUUCACGGAGGUGAGGAAUUGGCCCACCUACUGGGUUGGCAGUUCGUGUCUCGACCGCCUGCAAACAGGGGUCUGGGCAUCUCACCCCAUCUGGUUGAGGCCAACAUGCUUGGCUGGCUCUAUGAUCGCGCAGGCCCCAUCUAA